AUGAAGUUCUUUAUCAAUCUGCUAUUGCUGGUUGCCGGUGUCGGUUACCUUUUGAACUCUUUGUAUGACAGUUGGUUACCACGCAACUACAUCUUUGAUCCAAAGACCUUGAAUGAAAUUUGCAAUGGUGUACUUGCCAAACACAACGGCAGCGAUGCUAGUGCCUCUACAGAAUCUCUUCUAAUCGACGUCAGAGACGCAUUGGCUAAGCACUACGGUGAUGAAUACAUUAACGAGUACACCAGAGAUGCUUGGGUCUUCAACAACGCUGGUGGUGCCAUGGGUCAAAUGAUUAUUUUGCAUGCUUCCAUUUCUGAAUAUGUCAUCCUAUUUGGUACCGCAGUUGGCACUGAGGGUCACACUGGUGUCCAUUUUGCUGAUGAUUACUUCACCAUCUUGAAGGGUGUUCAACGUGCUGCAUUGCCUUGGGAAGCUGAUCCAGAGGAAUACUUCCCAGGUAUGACCCAUCAUCUACAAAAGGGCUACGCAAAGCAAUACGCUAUGGAUCAAAACUCCUUCGCACUAGAAUUGGCUCAAGGUUGGAUCCCAUGCAUGUUGCCAUUCGGUUUCCUAGACACGUUCUCCUCCACUUUGGAUUUGUACACCUUGGGUAAGACCAUCUACUUGACUGCCAAGGAUAUGAUUAAGAACUUGGUCCAAAACCAAAAGUUCUAA